AUGUCGGUGGAGACUGCUAUUCUUGGGCCGGCAGGCUUUUCGCUAUCGGUGCUGAUCGUGUCCGUUCUCUUCAUUGCAAUGUGUGGGUGCGGUCGCAACUCAUCGACGGCCAACAAGGAAGCUGCCGAAACCGUCGAGACUCGUGCCGUGAUUUUCCGAGAGUCGCCUCAACUCGCGAACAAGCAGAUGACGGCAGCGACUCUGAACGGAGAAGUAAUGACCGGGGUUCAGGUAGUGACAUCAUCUGGUAACCAUUUCGCUCCGGCGUCCUCGUCACCCGUACCACCAGGACGAGGAACUUCGGCUGGCGAACAAUACUACGCAGUCGUCCAACAAGACGAGGAAAUGUAUGCCGAAAUCGAGAGCGCCAACUCGUCCGUUACAUACGCACGCAUCGAACCCCGCCAGAACGCUCCCUCAGGGAUAACCUUGCCGCCCGUCGAUUCCCCGCCAAGUCCAGCUUCGGUUCAAACAGUGGUGGACGGCACAAGUGCAAUGGGUAGAGCUCCAGCGCCCCCUACGAUCGAGAGCUUACAGGCCUUACUGACACGAGCUCACUCCAGACAAGCGUCCACAUUGUCGAUUUUCGCCAACAAUGGAGGGCUGUUCAUGGUUUCGAAUGGGCAAAACUCGAGCAUCCCCAUCGGUUCGGACAUAAAUAUCGUGAGCAAUCUGUAUUCAACGGUUGAUUCAUCUCAGAAGCAUCAGCGGAGAAUAUCCUCUGAAGGUCACAGUGGUGAUAGCGUUGCUGACGUAGAUCAGCUUUGCGCGAAAGUUUCCAAGAAGUCCGAGAGACCCUCCCCUCCCCCGGAACUCGCUCUAUCUCAACUGCCGGCGUCUUCGUCGCCCCCGAACAAUAUUCAUCACCUACAAUCUGCGAACAUGGGCUCAAAGUUCGAAGACAGCAAUCACAUCGGCUCGAUGUUGCCUCCGAUGUCGCUGAAGCGGAAAAGCUCGAGAGCAUCCAGAGAGGAUGUGGACGACGAUCCUUGCUACGAGAUAGUCGGAGGCGCCCACGGAGUUGAUGAAGAACCAAAAUACGAAAGGCUGAAAGGAUCUGCUUCGAGCGACAUCGAUCCCAACUACGAACAGCUCAAUUUCAAUGAGGAUCCUUGCUAUGAGGCUUUAGGUGGCCUCAGCAACACCAGCGACAACGAUCCUGGCUACGAGAGAGUGUCUUGGAGAGAGUCUGACGUCACAGACCCAAAGUAUGAGAGGAUACCCCGCGGUUACAACAUAAUCAACGAGCCUCGGUACGAAACGGUUCGCCUCCCGAGGGACGACUCCUCUGAUGUCGAAACAGACCCGUGCUACGAACGUGUCGGUUCCAUAGAAGAUUCGGAGCUUCAUUGCGAGAGAGCGCGAGGAAAGCCCCGACGAGAGGACAGUCUUAGCUCUGAUCCGGGAUACGAGACUGACAAGAAGCCCAAUAACGCUGUCUCGAAUGGACAUGUACAAGUUCGCAUGAAUGGGAGGCCAACGCGGACCCUGGUUACUGCGAACUCGCACAUGCUCCAGGAGCCAGACUAUGAGACAGUCAAGAGUAAUCCCCUGAUUCCCCGAUUCUCGAUUGCCCGAUUCUCCAUACCCCGAUUCUCGAUUGCCCGAUUCUCCAUACCCCGACUUUCUCUGCCGCUGAUUCUGGCGGAGUCUUCGAGAGGCCUCUAGAGACAUCAUCACCGUCGCACAAAUGAAGAUGCGCGCUGAUCGGUCUCUCUUGCUUUACAUCGCGCGUCUCACGAGAACGUCACACUCUCUCUAGAGGGAGCUACCGUCGAUCGAACGGGAUAGAGAAUCAGCUGUCGGGAGGGACAUCAGGAGAUGACAGCGUCAAACGGAAAAUGAGUGCGGAGUUGAAAGUUCAAAGAGCUGAUGUGAGUUUAAUCAAAGAGUGAGAGCGAGUUGUGA